AUGCUAUUCUUCGCCGCGCAAGCAGAGCUGAACGCGGCGCGGCGGGACGCGCUGUCGAACGACCAGCGGCGGCGCGCCGACGCCCUGGCGCGCGCUGAGGCGGCGAGGAGGCGCCGUGACGUCGCUGAGGCGGGCGAUGACGAGGAGGAGAAGACGGCCGCGCGCGCGGACCUCGCCGCGGCGGAGGAGGAGGCCUUGUCGCGGGCGGCGCGGUCCGCUAGGAAGCGCAAAGACGCCGCGGGCGCGCGUCUCGCGGUGGCUAAGGCGCGCCACGCCGCCGCUGUGGCGAACGGCGACGACGCGGCGCUGGCCGCAGCGAGCGCGACGCUGGCCAUUGCGACGGCGGAGGCCGCGCCGCAGCAGACGCGGCUUAGAAGGGACCAACGCACGACCGCGGCCGCGGCCGAGGCGCAUGUUAGGGAGUUAGCGGAGCGGGGCCUGGGCGAGGAGGACUCGGAGCUGCUGGAAGCGCGCGCGGCCGCGGCGGCCGCGAGGGACCGGACCACGGCCGUUAUAAAUGCUCGACGGCUCGAGGCGCUGCUCGAGAAAGGGAUGAAGGCGAAGGAGAGGUACGAGUCUCUCGUCGCGCGCGGCGUGCGGGGUGCGGCGGCCGAGCGCGCCUUCGGCGUGAUGUGCCAGGCUCUGCGCAGGACGAAUAAGGGUCGACGCCGGUUAGCUGCGUGUAUGGACGCGGCGGCGGCGCGUGCGUCGCCGCGGCAGCUGGAGUCCGAGUUCCGGACGUUGCUAGAUGCGUCCAAGGACAAGCUGCGGCACGUGUUCGAGCAGACGACGCUCCCCGUCUACGUGGGCGUCGCGGGCGACGCCUGGUGGGAGGAGGAGGUGCGGCGCGUCGCACGCCGGCCGUCGUGGCGCUAUCGGCUGUUCUUCGAGGAGGACGAGGACGUCGAGCCGAAGCGUCGUCGACCUGUUCCGCUCCGCGGCGCGCGCCUGGCAUCGACGGCCCACAAGUCGAUCGUCGGGCGCCUCGAGCGGGCCCUCCACCUCUGGGCGGCGCGCCACUGGCCCGACCGCGUCCUGCACUUCACGAUCGCGGCGGGCGGCAGCUUCGCGGACGUCGCGGCGCACGCCGUCUACGUGGCCGUGCCGGACGCGCCCGCCGACGUGGUCGUCCACGUGCGGUCGCCGGUCGUCGCGCCCGAGGAGGCGGACGAGGACGAGGUGCCGACGCGGCCGCUGACGGACUUCAGCGACGACGUGCCGCCGCCGCUCGAGGCCACGGCCACGCCGGACGACGUCGACGAGGCGCUGGUCCGGAGGCCGGUCGUCGGCCCCGCGCGGCCGUGGGUCGUGAAGACGACUGGCUGCCGCGUCGACUACAUCUGGGCCGGCUCGCUCGCGUUGUAUGCGGACGGCGUCACGUCUUCGACGUACGACUUCUGCGAGACGCCGGCGGAGGCCCAGGCCCUCGCGAGGGCUCGGAUCGCGGAGAAGAUCCGCGGCCCCUACGAGCGCGUCACGUCGUUGGAUGGCGCGGCGGCGGGGCCGGCGGCGGGGCCGGUGCCGUACCCGUUUCCGCUGGCCCCGACGACGCCUGCUCCGGCGCCGGCUCCGGCGCCCGCGCCCGCGCCCGCGCCCGCGGCGGCGCCGCGCCGGAAGCGCCGGGGGAGCGAGACCGCGAAGCCUACUGCUAAGCGGCCGCGGUCGGCGGCGACGUCUCGGAAGCGGGACCGGUCGCCGGCGCCGGCGCCGCCGCGGCGGUCGUCGCGUUUGAGAAAGUGA